AUGACAAGACCAGAUAUUGCUUACUCAGUGCAAAUACUCAGUCAAUUUUUACAACAACCUAAAAAGACACACCUGGAAGCAACAGUGAGGGUGAUGAAGUACAUAAAAAGAGAACCAGGACUUGGAAUAUUAUUGAGCAGCAGGCAAUCAAACAAGCUAAGUGUAUAUUGUGAUGCAGAUUGGGCAUCAUGCCCUAAUUCAAGAAGGUCAGUCUCAGGUUUUCUAAUUAAUCAUGGUGAGACAUUAUUGUCAUGGAAAUCAAAGAAACAAAGUAUAGUCUCUAGAAGCUCAGCUGAAGCAGAGUAUUGGAGCAUGGCCAAUGCAGUUUCAGAACUAGUAUGA